AGAGCCACAUCUAUUGCAAGCAAGCGCCCUGCAUUACGCACAACGGAUCACGGUUUCUUAACAUUUUCUGAUCAUUUUUUAAUUUGUAAAAUUUGUAAAAUCGAACAAAAUGUGGAGCAGUGUUCCAAAGCAUCCCGAACAAAGUCGAUUCAGUGUUUCUGAAGAUUUGGAGGAGAUGGAUACGAGUGAAAGUGACGGCGAAAGUGAUCAACUUUCUGGGUUGGAGAGCGCUGAUUCAAUGUCUGAAGCAGCAUUUGAAGAUGGAUUGGAUCCUCUUCAGGAUUUUGAGGACACUGAAGAAAACCCUCCCCUCUCAACAAGCGAGAGUUUUGAUGUUUCUCAGCAGAAAAGGAGACGAUCCAUUCCCACCCCUCUCCCUUAUAUCACCUCAAGCAUGCCUGCAAGACCAGUUGAGAGCAGGCAGGCAAGCACCCCCACCCCCACAACCUCAGACCCUGAGGAGAGGUGGAAAUUUGUAACUGAGGAUGACGUCGAACCUGUGCAGCACCGCUUCUGUCCUGCACGAGCACCUGGAGCACAACUGGAUACUUCAAAAAAGUAUUCCCCGCUAGACCUCUUCCAGCUUUACUUCAGCAUGAACGUCGUUCAAUCUUUGUGUACAAACACAAAUAAAAAUGGAAAAAAGCAGCAGGCCCAGGGGAAAAAAUACCAGUGGGAUCCAGUUUCAAUCAAGGAGCUCUACCAGUUUUUAGGAAUCCUAAUUUUCAUGGGGCUACUGACAACUCACACCGUGAGGGAUUACUGGAGUCCACGUAGGCCUUAUGGAAUCCCAUUCUGUCACACUGUGAUGUCCAGGAAGAGAUAUGAAGCCAUCGCUUGGACUCUGCACAUAAGUGACCCAGAGGAAGAUAAAGAGAAUGAUCAGAAGAAAGGAACUCCACAACACGAUCGCCUCUUCCGUCUCAGACCCCUCUUGGAUUCCCUCCUCCUGUCCUGCAAGGCAUACUACCACCCCCGACAGAACCUUUCAAUUGAUGAACGCAUGGUGGCCUCAAAAGCCAGGAUCGGGUUCAAGCAGUACAUGAAAGCAAAGCCGAUAAAAUGGGGCUUCAAGCUGUUCGUGCUGGCUGAUGCCCACAACGGGUACACAUGUGAUUUCAACAUCUACACAGGAAAAUCCAAAUCAGAUUCUGGGAAAGGACUGAGUUAUGACUCCGUUAUGAACCUCAUAAAGGUGUCAUACUUAGGCACAGGGUACCAUGUGUAUGUUGACAAUUUCUACACCAGCACAACACUGUUUCGGGACCUUUAUAAGAUCAAAUUUGGAGCAUGUGGGACCAUUAGAGAAACUCUUCAGGGCUUCCCACAGACAAAAGAAAACGCCCUCCCUAAAAAAGCUGAUAGGGGGACAAUUCGCUGGAUACGAAGUGACAAACUGCUGUACACCAAGUGGAUGGAUACACGUGAAGUGACGAUGUGCAGUUCCAUUCAUAAAGUGUACACAGGAGACAAAGUCCAGAGACGGGUAAGGAAUGAAGAUGGGACUUGGGGAAUGCGGAAUGUUCCUGUUCCUACUCCUGUAAAGGCCUACAAUCAGCACAUGGGAGGGGUGGAUUUGUCAGAUGCCCUUAUAAAAUACUACAACAUGGCACAGAAAACACAAAAGUGGUACAAGAAACUUUUUUAUCAUUUCAUUGACAUUGCUGUUGUCAACAGUUUUCUGCUCAAUAAGGAAUUGGCACAUGCUUCAAACUACAAAGGCACUUUCACGUUUAGAGAGGAGCUAUGCAAGCAGCUGGUGGACAUCGGGCUUGUGGAGCAGGAGGCCAGUGUGAGUACAGGUAAACUCUGUGUCCCUGUAGCCAUUACAGAGGGCAAGGAACUCGACCCCUCCAUGAAGACCUCCUCCGGGCGUAGACACUGUGCUUUGUGCAAUGAAGGGAAACUCAGGAACAAAACGCCCUGGAAAUGCGAAGCCUGUGAUGUGCCAUUAUGUGUCAUUGUGGACAGAAACUGCUUCAAGAAAUGGCACAUGCGUUAGGAAAAAAAAGACUUUAUAGCAACUUAGGGAUGUAAGUAAUUUAUUUGUUCAUUUUGUACAGUUCAUGUUUGUUUUUUUCAGGUUUUAGCACUUUGUGGAUGUAAGUAGUUCAUUUGUUCAUUUUGCACAGUUCGUGGUGUUAUUAGGUUUUUGUUCAGUUGUAUUCAUUGUUUGAAAAAGAAAAUAUUUGAUUUGAAGUAAACACUUUUUUUUGAAAAAAAAAAAUUCUUCGUUAUUUUGCUUCUUGACAUUUACAUACUUUCAAGUGAAUAACAAAAAUACAGAAUCAAGUACUGAAAAUUCAGAGCUUCAGAAAAGUCUCAGUAGCAACAUUCUCCUGCACAAACAGACAGUUAUGUGAGAGCAAUGUGCCUGACAGUUGUGGCAUAUGGAUUGAGAGGAUUUGUCAUGAAUACUCAUCAUGGAUACAUUUCGGGCACCACAAAGCUCUCCAAAAAGGCCACCUUUUGAAUGAAAUAUUGGACAAAAAAAAAAAAGAGGAUUACAAAAUCUAAUUCAUGUGGCAAUGGAUAGCAUGUGAGGUGCCAGAAGUUAACAUCCCUUUUAGAACUUGCUCAAGAAACUAGUGUAUCACUGGACAUAAAGAUUUACACAAUGUUCAUUUUUGGAGAGGUUUGGAGAGGUUUGUAAAAACUCCUGUAGAAUUUGAUCCCUUUGUUCAAACAGUUCCAAAUUUCUACCCAGUAUAUUAGACAUGUUGGUGAAGCACUGGAAAAAAAUCUGGCUC